AAGCAAACGAUUAUAUGGCACUUACAUCUAUUUGUGGACUUACAAUAGAUGCUGUCUCAGAUAUUAUUGAACAAAAAUUAAUUGAAGAAGAAGAGUUGUUUAUAGUAGAAAAUUUUAAUACUGGACCAAAAAAUUUAAAAGAUAUUAUUCCUUUUAAUAAAAGAAUUAUGGAAAUAUUUAUAUCACGAUUCUCAAUGAAUCAUGAAAGAAUUUUAGUAAAACUUGAUUCUUGUCCUUUUACAUCAGAUAACUAA